UUAUAGUUUAGGGCGUGGAAUUUCUUGUGGAGGAGAAACUAGAGAAUGCGCGUCUAGAUCGCGGGCAGGAGCUGCGAUCUCUUGUUUCCCAGAAGACGAUGGACAAGGACGCGAAGAUCUUCGUUGCCGGCCACCGCGGUCUCGUCGGAGCCGCGAUCGUCCGGCGGCUGGAGAAGGAAGGAUUCAGCCGCCUGCUGCUGAGAAGCCACAAGGAAUUGGAUCUCACGAGACAGGAGGCCGUGGAGGAUUUCUUCCACAAGGAAAAGCCCAAGUAUGUGAUAGUGGCCGCGGCCAAAGUGGGAGGGAUCCACGCCAACAACACGUAUCCGGCCGAUUUCAUCGGGAUCAACUUGCAGAUCCAGACCAACGUGAUCGAUGCUGCGUACCGGAGCGGCGUGGCCAAGCUCUUGUUCCUGGGAUCGUCGUGCAUCUAUCCAAAGUUUGCUCCCCAGCCAAUCACCGAGGAAGCUCUCUUGACGGGUCCGCUGGAGCCGACAAACGAGUGGUACGCGGUGGCCAAGAUCGCGGGAAUCAAGAUGUGCCAGGCUUACAGGAUCCAGCACAAGUGGGACGCCAUCUCUGGAAUGCCGACCAAUCUCUACGGUCCUCACGACAACUUCCAUCCCGAGAACUCUCACGUUCUUCCGGCCUUGAUCCGCCGGUUUCACGAGGCCAAGGUGAAUGGAGCCAAGGAGGUGGUGGUGUGGGGGACGGGAUCGCCGCUGCGAGAGUUUCUCCACGUCGACGAUCUCGCGGACGCGGCCGUGUUCUUGAUGGACAAGUACAGCGACGUUCCACACAUCAACAUGGGCAGUGGCUCGGAAGUUAGCAUCAAGGAGCUCGCGGAGAUGGUGAAAGAGGUGGUGGGCUUUCCAGGGGAGCUCAAGUGGGAUGCUUCCAAGCCGGAUGGAACUCCCCGGAAGCUCAUGGACAGCUCCAAGCUCGCGACCCUGGGGUGGAAGCCAAGGAUCACUCUCCGCGAGGGGCUGACCGAGACGUACAAGUGGUACGUCGACAACUACAACGUCUGAGCAAACCAAGGCUGGAAUUUACAGAGCUUUGCUACCAGAGAGACAAAAGGAAUAAUUUACAGCGUUUCUCCAA